AUGGAGGAGCUCUCUCGAACGGUUGUCCCGCGUUUUCUGGCUGCGGUAGAGGCGAAGGGGGACAGAGAAGUCACGGCAAAAGACCGGCUUUUUGCGGGCAGAAGGGAACAUGCAGCAGCCACCGAGUUGCUUGGAGAAAAUGCAGUGGUUCAGCAGUCCAUGGCGGACGCCCGUCUCGCGCAAGCUCCGUCGGCACCCUGCUACGUGAAAAUGCUGAUUAGCAACCAACUCGCUGGAAUGAUCAUUGGCAACACCGGACAGGAAAUUAAACACCUCAAACAGAUCACCGGUGCAAAAAUCGUCCUUUCCCCCCACGGCAUGUACUUCCCUGGGACGACCGAACGGCUGGUGGCGGCCGAAGGCACGGAGCGCGCCGUGUUUCAAGUUGUCGACUGGAUCAUUGAUCGCAUGGAUGAGCUGGCGCAGUUGGCCCCGCCUUCGCAACCUUCUUCCGCCGAGGAUUUGUUGCGUCCAACAACGUCUUCUUUGAGCAGCGGAUCUGCCGGCCUGCAGCCCCGUGCACUCGCCUGCAAAAUUUGCGUUCCUCGCGCAGUGAUUGGGAGCCUGAUCGGGAGGAAAGGCGGCUAUAUUCAGUCGGUUCGCUUGGCUACUGAAGCGAACAUCAACAUUUCGCCACUCUUUGUGACCGCCGAUGAGGCGUGUGCGGAGCGCGUCGUCACAGUUGAAUCCACUCGGAAGCAGAGCUUGAGGACGGCUGUGUUCACGCUGGCGCGCAAGAUCAACACACACCCCGAGAAGGCGACCUGCAAACAUGUUUGCUACUAUCGCAAGCUGAACUUUGAGUCGCCGCCUGCUGUAGCUGAGCGGGGACAUCGACAGCCCCGGCCUCGGAAUCAAAUCCAAAACGCCAUCUCUAGGAAUGCUUUUUUCGACGCUGCCUCGGACGCAACGGGUCACAACGGUGACGUGGAUCUGCUGUGUACAUCCACCUCUUCGUCCUUUGGUGCGAACUCGAUGACGUCUCGCAGUUCGCUGUCCAAGAUCGGAGGUGGCGCGGGUGCGAUUUCCUCUCACGACGAGUUUGGCGCCUUUGAGGCCUUUUCGAUCGCGCACGCGCGUCAUUCUUCGCGCCUCGUGUCCAGAACGAGCGAGAGCUUGAAGGCCUUUGGUCAGCAUCCCUCCCAGCCUUCCCUGGAUGCGUCCACUGGCGUGGACAGCGGCAGCGAUGAAGGGGUGGUCUCUGCGACACGGGGCGAGCACCUUCCGGGCCGUCACCCAGCUGGGGGUAUCUGUGACGCUCGCGCAGAGUUUCUGCAAAGCCCUCAGAAAACAACAGUCGUGAGGCGCGGAGAAAUGAGUGCUCUGGGCGCGCCAGGCCGCACAGCUGGCGCUGCGGACGCUGCCGCAACUCUGCAUCUCUAUCUCAAGCAGGCCGCGUCCCUAGGUGGGGAAAGAGGACCGCAGGGACCGGAUGCCGCUGAUGGAGAGGGUGCAAACAUGGACGUUUGCCACGACACGCCGUCGACGGUGUGCAGCACAGCGGCAGGGAGUAUGGCCCGACUGGCGAGCAUUCUUCAGUGCAUUCAGGAGGAAUCGGAGCAACACGAGUGGAAGGGCGCGGGAGCCUCGGGCGCGCCAAGACAGAGAAGCGGUCUGUCGACCAAGGCCACGGUGUCGACACUAGACGCAAGCGCUCCGGAAUUUUUCCCUCUGAGGCCUAGAUCAGAAGAGUCGCUGGGGGAGGCCAGAAAAACGGCCAUGGGUACAUCGCGCCGGACCUGUGGCGUCCGGGAAACCGCACUCGGUGCCGGGCUGCCUGCUGAAGAGGAGAGGAGGCAUCUGGAGACAUCCCUGCAUCAGUCUACUGAAGGCAAGGCGGAGGAAGGACCAGAAGCGAGUAAGCAGUUCAUUGAAAUCGCAGACGUCCUCGAGUCUGAGAGAGCAGCAGAGACUAAAACAUCCCUCGAGGUGCGUGCGAACCGACAGACGACUGCUUCAAAGGGUGUGGAAUCUAAAUCAGCAGAUGUGGCAGAUGGAACGUCAACGGAAGGUCCCCGUUCGGGGUUGAUCAGGAUCACUGCACUCUUCGAUGAAGGUUUUAUGGCCUUCAUGAAGAUGUGGACUCUCGCUCUUGUCUUGGGACUCGUCGCAUUUAUUGCAGCCAAAAGUUUUUUCGUUGAAUGGUGA